CCUCCAUCGAAGGCGAAAAUCCGGCUCCGUGAGUGCACGAGCUCCGCACGAUACCGGAGACACCUAAGCUACGUGUGCUAUUGGACGGACGGUCGCCGAUCGAUCAUCAGCCGAUACAGCCGCAACAAUGACUCGAACUAAGCAGAUGGCACGCAAGGGCCAAAGCAAUAAUGUCAAGCCGAAAGUGACCAAACCCAACACUCCUGAAGAUCGCCUCCGCGCUAUGCAACGCAAGAUCCGGAUAAUGCAAAGGAAAAAUCACCGAGCCGAAGGACGCAUCCAAAAAGCCACAGAGCUGAUUGACGGGAACAAGAGCAGGAUUAAAUCUCUAGAGAAGCAAGUCGCGACGCUGAGGGAGGAAAGUGACGUCAAGGUCAAGAAAGAGCUCGAAGCGGAAGAGACAAGCGAGAAUGAUAUUUUAGUGAAGCAUGAGGCAUCCGAGAGCAGAGAGAAAGACACCGACGAUGGGAGUGAUACCAAGGUCAAGGUGGAGCAGGAGGAUUCCAGGAGCGGUGAAACCGGGCUGGAACAGGAGACUCAUGUUCGAAUCAAAGCCGAGCAGGACUGGUAUCACCAUCAGAAUGAUGGAGGCACCCAGGCUACACAUGAUGACAUAAUGAGGACAUAGAUCAAAUGCUGGAGGGAUCCCUAAGGGGAAUUCGAGAAAUUUUCGUGGUUCCAACUAUUAAGCCGCAAUGCGAGGACGGGAU